CAGCGUCAAACAGUAUGGCCGAGAAUUGAUACAUUUUUCACGAGGAAUUUUAAAGUCAAAAACAGAAAGGUCAUAUGCUGUAAAAAAACAUUCUCGUUCACCAUGGAGGGGGAUGUUUCGGGGGUUAGAAUAUCCCCACCUGUUGUUGAAUUUUACGACACAGAACCAAAUAAUGUGCAUCAAUUAAAUGUGACCGUAAAAAACAUUAGCAAAACAAGCAAGAGCAUUCGAUUCUAUGGACCUAAAACCAAGUAUUUUCAACUGAGAGUGAAAAAUCCCAACAAACCUAUAGCUCCAGGGCUAUGUGUACCUGCUGUUGUUGAAUUUGAAACAUCCGAGUCAAAGGAAGUGAAAGAUAGGCUUGUAGUUACCAUUGAUGGUGAUGUCUUAGAAAUUCCUCUAAUAGCUUACCCAUGUCAGCCUAUUUUGGAAAUUGAAGAGGAGGUAUAUUUCGGAAACCUUGUGGCCAACAGCAAAACAAUAUCAAAGGAGAUAUCACUGUUUAACCAUGGAUCCAAAGCAGGAGAGUUCAAGCUGAAGUACUCUGGUGACAAACCCAUCGCUAUAAUGCCAACCAGUGGAUCAGUGCCACCCAAAAGUGUACAACUCAUCAAGAUUGAGUAUGUUACAAAAGAAGCUGGAAAAAUAGAUGAAAUAAUAAAGGUGAAAUUAGAAAGGCAAGAGACAAAAUCUCUGAUGGUUCGAGGUGUCCUGGUGGACCGGGCGAUUGAGGUUCUGUCCCUGGAGACGGAGGAACCCCUGGGCUGUGUCAAGUUUGGGGAGGCAUACUACGGCUCAGAUAAAACAGAGUGUGCAAUUCUAUACAAUAACGGCCCAGAAUCUGUCAACUUUGUAGCAGUAUUAGACGAAGAUGCUAUUGCACAAGAAAUGGGUGUGGACUUGACUCGCAGUACAAAUGAUGCCCUGGCUGACCAGUAUACCGAGGGGGAGAAAGCCAAGGGUAGCACAAAUGUCAUCACUUCACUGAUUACAGCCAUUCCAAACCAAGGUGUGCUCAAACCUUUUGAGAAAAUCCCUGUAUUCUUCAGAUUUAGUCCAAGGUGGAAUGCAUCCAAAGAAGGAUGGAAGAGCCAAGUGGCCCCUCCCCCCAGGAAGGACUUUGCCUUGUUUAUGAGGAUACAGAUCAUUGGAUCAAGUAAUUUAUCAGACAGCAAGAGACCGGGAUCAAUGACUGCUAAAGAUGGAUCAAUGGUAGAAGUAGCCAUGACAGGAACAGCUCUACCUGUCCUUCUUACCAUCUCUCCAUCCUAUAAAUUCAACUUCGGAGAAUGUCCAGUGGGAGAACAUGCAGAUGUACUGUGCACCAUCAGAAAUGAGUCCAACGUUCUGCCGGCCAUUUUUCAGUUCAGAAAGAUUGCUCAUUUUCUCACCCAUCCCCCCAAUGGUAAAAUACCCCCAAGUCAGAGCCAGGAUGUUAUCUUCUCUUUCUCACCCAAUCAGAUAGGAUCUUUCAAGCCCAAGCAACUGUUGGACGUCAUCGGUCAUGUAGCAGACAACCAAAACCCAACCAUUGCUCAUAUGCAGGUCAUCCAUACGUACCCCAUCCUGUUCUCCGGCCACAGUGACCCAAUCCCCAUAGAGAGGAAGGCCAGAUUUAAUCCAGGACUUACUCCAUACAUAAGCAAUGAGGUAGGAAUGUUUGCCGACACCAAGAUUUCAGACCUGCAGGGUGUCCCAAGGAAUGCAGUGGCAGGUGGUCACAAAACUCAAAUGCACAAAGUGGGUCACUAUGAGGAGGAUCCCGAGGCCAAAGUGGCAUUUCCAAAUGACCGGGCACAGAGUAUUCGACCAGAACAUGACAAGUACAAGACAAUUUUCACUCAGUCUAAUAGACACGCCUACACUGAUCCUGAUUAUAUGAUGACGGAGGAAGAAGGAAGAAUUAAGCAUUCACACCGCGACAGUUAUGUCAUGAUGCUUAGAGAGAUGAGGCAGAAACGACUGAACCGUAUCAAAGCAAAGGAGUUCAAAGUGACCAACAACAGUGUUGAUAUCGGAAUAAAAUCUGCAGCAGGUCUGAGACCAAAAGUGCUCACUCAGCAAGAAAUACAGCCAGACCCAGAAACUCCACGACCUCCCAAUGCCGAGUUCAGACUUCUAAGCUCCAAAGAACUAAGUGCAGCGGAACAAGAGACCACUGCCAAACAAGUGUGUGAGGGUCUUAAUGCGGUGCCCACAACAAAGGUGGAGAAAGCGGACUGCACCAAGUGGCUCUCUCCACAGCAGCUCCAGCAGGUGGUGAUCGGUCCCGCCACGCUGGACUUUGAUAAAGUCUGUCUACGAUCAGUGGUGAACAGAAACCUCAGCAUCAUUAAUAACCUGAACCAGUACAUACACAUAGUGGCUGAGAUUGAUUGUCGUGAAUUGCGUCAAAGCAGCCCACUUUCUCAGGUGGUGCCUCCUAAAUCCAAGGCUCACCUGCCCAUUGUGUUUGAAUCCAAUGUCAAAGGAAAAUUCCAAAGGUCUGUGUCAUAUACAGUAAAUGGAUUUUACAAGCAUCAUGUUACCGUGGUAGCAGAAGUAGUUGCCGUGGCAUUGGAACUCUCCACAGAAGAGCUUGUUCUGUACCCUUCCUAUGGAAUGCCAGCAGAAGCUGGUCUGAGGGGAGUGAUAACUCUGAAGAAUACCCUGAACUACCCAGCAGAGUUCACCUGGGCCCCCAAUCUGGGAGAGAAAGGAACAGCAUUCUCCAUCAGACCUGCUACAGGAACUGUGGAUUCAUACAAAGAACUGGACUGUGAAGUGGUGUGGCACCCGUCGUAUUUGGCUCCGGAGGACGGCUCCUUCUCCCUGAUGAUCCACGGAGGAUCCACGCUACAGCUCCAGUGUCGAGCCGAGUUGGGGUCAACAAAUGUCCAGUUCGUGGAGAGAAGAAUCAUGUUUGGUCAGACCCCCAUCAACAUCACAACAACCAGAACAGCCCUGCUGGCCAACACUGGACAAACACACGCCUACUUCCAGGUUCUGGACCCCAACCCCUUCCCGGGUCUAGCCAUAAGCCCCAUCCACGGGGUAGUACCUGUGGGGGGACAUGCUGAGCUGAAGGUCCAGCUGACCCCUAGUGCUAUUCUGAAGUUUGACACCAAGAUACAAGUAGCCAUCAAAGGAGGACGGACCCUGGAGUUACGGAUGGGCGGUAAUGUGGAACCACCCACAGUGGAUAUUGAUGUGGCCACUUUUGACUUCAGUGGAGUGUUUUGUGGAUCAGGGUCCACCAUUACUUUCAAACUGACAAAUCGGGCAGUGACAAAGUCUAGGUUGGAGUUCGACCUGACGAGGUUUCGUGACUUUACUCUCAACUUUCCCGGCUACCAGACACAAGAUGACUACAGCUACCAGCUCCUCAAUCCCGGAAUGUUUACUGUAACCAUGGCACCUGAAGAAACCAUCGAAGGCGAACUGAUAUUUAUGCCUACAGAGGUUGCUGCAUAUGACUUUGUGAUGCCUGUUAUCAUCAAUCAAAUUGGUGCCCCCUCGCCGGCCCCCACACCUUUCCCACCCACUCCAGCCCCAUCCAAUAAGAACGGCCUGCAACAUAUCAUAAAUCCCCGCCCACAGCCUCCUCAAGUAGCAACGCCACGGAAACACGUCAUCGCCACGGCGCUGAGACAGCCCCUUCAGUUGUCAACAAACAAGAUAGAAUUUUCUCUACCAUCUACGUUUGAGGACCCCACUGCCUCAACAGGUCUUGGUGUCACAAAGUUUAAGUUGAUGCAGGGUACAAUUCUUGUUAACAACAGUGACAAGCCUCUGAAAUGGCUUUUCAAUUUGACGGAAAAGAAUGAGGCUCUAGAGGAAGGAUUAUUUAAAUUUACACACCCCUCUGGGGUCCCCUUCAAUGUAAUGGGAGGAUCAGAUAACAAGGGAAUUGAAGGUGUACUGGACCCUGGAAAAACUCAGCAGAUUUCUGUGAUAUUUUGUCCAAAGAAACCCGGAAAACACGAGUGUGUGAUUCCUAUCUACAUUAAUGACAUUGAGGACAAACCUUACCAGUACCUCCAAGUGAUAGGGGAAAUGAAAGCACCCAAGGUCUGGUUUGACCCCCUCGCCAUAGUAAUGACCCCAGUUCCUCUCCUUACAGAGGUCACCACAGAGUUCACCGUCCUGGCUUCUCAGUACACAAAGGCCAGCAAUUUAACUGUGGAGGUACCAGAGGUUGAAAGUGAGGAUGGCAGUAUUAUUACUCCGUUAACAGUCAGCUGGCCUGAGGGGUCGUCCGAGAUCAAGCCCUGCAAUGGAGAUGAUGGUCAGAUUGAACCGUGUGCUCUCUCCUGUAAAGUUAUCUUCUCUAGUCCUAAACCGGUCUCCUUCUGCCAGCCAAUCAAGUUUAUUGAUGACAAUGGGAAGAUCUUUAAGUUGAUGGUGACAGCGACUGCUGACAACUGUCUACUAACAUGCUAUCCAUUCUUGGCUCUCCAUAGAACAGAUUACCAGAUAGUCUGUGAACAGGGAGCAUCUCCAAAGGGGAGAAAAGUUUUGAUUUCAAAAGAGAAUCAAAAUGGAGGAGAAGCUGUCUUCAUUCCAUGUGCCUCACCCCAGCACAACAGCCGACCCUCAACAAGUGCAACAAGUUCAAAUUUUCAAAUUUCAUCCUCCAGUUAUGAAUCUUCAGCCAGUGUCACGGACUCAACUGAUGACAGCACUCCACUGAACCGUGAAGGAGCUAUGAACAAGCCUCCAUCUGGAUCAGAACAGAAUGUUAGCCGGGGUCAAAUGGACCUUGCUUCAAGGUCACUGGGCUCAGCAAUGUUCCCUGAUGAGGACACAGAAGAAGGAAUUUUUCACAUGGAGGUUCUUUUGGCAGUUCAGCGGUGGUUCUCCUCCCAGGGAUGGCCAGGGGGUCAAUUCCCGAUUAUAAUCCCUCACUCUCUCCGCUGCGGAAUAAGCAGGAAACCAAUAACAGAUGAUGCACCAAGAGCAGCCAAGGCUGGGAGCUGGGACACCAACAACCUGAAAAAGGAAUUUAAAACAAUCUAUGACAUGGUCAACAACCUGAGUGGCCGUCCAGUCCCCGGGAUUCCCAUUAACUCCACCCUCCCUUCGGACCCUAUAGAGAGGGUCAAACAAAUCUACUGGCAGCAUGCUACUCUGCUCACUUUUCUGAGGUGCCAGGGAGCUUGUGUAGCCUCCAUUAAACCUGAGUACCUGCUGGAACCCCGUGACUACCACCUGUGGAAGCAGAUGCAGAAACAGCUCAAACUGGAGCUGACUAAACAAGGGGAAGUAACUCAAGCCAACAAUAUGGAGGAGGAGGAAGAGCUUGAGGAGGAUGUUUUUGAGGCUGUGUCCAAGCGGGCAUGGACGGACAUCCUGUUACAGCUCCUCAAGACCCUUAUUUUGGCCAAGGUGACCCCACGGUCACUGAAGAAUACUCCUUCACCAGAUAAAAACAUUGACCUACCCAGCAUAAACCAGGACCCCCUGAGUUCCAACAUUUAUGGCGUGGGAGAGAGGAUCAUACUGUCCUGGUUGAAUCAUCAUUACGAGACCUACAGAGAGCGCAUCUGGACAGGGUGUACUAAAGGUGGAGUCCCUCCCUCCCGUUGGAUUGUGAACUACGACUUUGACCUGUUAGACGGCUUGGUCAUUGCCGCUGUGUUAGGGGCACAUCUUCCCUUCCUGAUUAAGACCCAUCUUCAGGAUAUGUACACCCACCCCGCCACUGCUGAACAAUGUUUACACAAUGCUCUCAAGAUCGUCAAUGCCAUGAGACAUGUGGGGUUGGAUUACGACAUUCAGGCUAUAGACAUCACAGACCCUAACCCUAUAGCGUUGCUGAUGCUGUGUAUAUACCUGUACCAAAAGAUUCCCCAGUAUCUGCCAAAAGCCACCGUGGACUUCUCCGGCCGGCUCCACGCCACUGUGUGUAGACAGGUGAAGCUAAGCAACCCCAGUAGCAAGCCGCUACAGUACCAGGUGAUGGUCGCAGGACACGAUGCUCGCGACUUUAUCAUUCCAAAAGGAGACCACGUCAGCAUACCCCCUAGAUCUACCCUUCAUCUGAAUGUAGAGUUUACCAGUCGCUUCUUAAGGCCAGCAGAGGCAAUGCUGGUGCUGGUGGGUAGAAGACAUGGAUCUGCUGUGGGUUCAACCUUGACCUUUAACCUGCGAACUCAGAUUGACAACAUCACACCAAAGGGUGGAGGAUUGUUUUCAAACAAUAACUUGAUGCACACUAUCAAAACAGAAUCCCCCUGCUAUGAGCUAGAGAAGAUCCCACUUAAAGUGGUCAAUCCUUUUGAUGAGGGCGGGGAAUUCCGUGUGGUAUUAGUGGAGGCCAGUGCUGAUUUACUGGACCCAAGCAAACCAGCCCAUCUCAUGAAACCCAAGGAAAAGAAGCGCAGGAAGAUCAGAGCCCGGGUGGACCAUGGGCUCAAGAGGCCCGAGACUCCACCCACUCCCCCUCCCCCACGAGAGGAAGACUCCUUUUUUAAGAAAAAUGAACAACCAAUGAUGAGUGCUUUCUACAGCCCAGUAGCAAGUCUAUAUAUAGAGGCACAAGGUUCAGCUAACAUUGAGAUCCACUUUCUGCCCUUCAACAUUGGAGAGCGCCAGUGCUCUAUUAUAUUCCUGAAUGAGUCUAUUGGAGAGUUUUUAUACUCCAUUGAGGCCACCGCCACUUUGCCCCUGCCGUCAGUGGUGCCCUUCCUUCGCACACCACACAGUGUCCGCAUUACCAGUGCAGCCGCUGCAGGAACUGGGCGUGGCCUAUUUGGAGGAGAUGACAGGGUUGUGUAUUGGAAGUGUGAGGCGGGACAGACUCUAAAGGAGAGCAUUCUAGUGCCAAUCACAAACAAGGUCAAAGAGCGGGCUCUGCUCAUGGCCGCUCAACAGCGUAUGUCAGAUAAGGAGCUUCAUCGUCGACUGGUCACAGGCACUAUCAACACUUGUAGCGUGACGUCCAAAACUGUAACACUACUCUCUACAAACGCUCAGCAGAGUAUUAGCCAGGCCAAGGCCAAAGCUCCCCAAGGAAUCACCUACAAAGUGAAAAGUGAUUCAGAAUUCUACAAACUGCCAGAAAAACUUGUAGUCCCUGCUACCAGUUUGAGAUCUAGCAGUGCACCAGUCUCCAACAAUGGUAAAGAUUCCUGUGUGGAACUGCCCAUACAAUUCACUGCAAGCGAACCUGGGCACUAUCCUUGUCAGAUAGAGUUAUGUGCCCCUGAUGAUGUUCGUGUCUACAAGGUGGAGUGUACAGUCAAUCCAGAGGGCAGCACUGCAGAAUUAGACUUUAAGGCCCCCGUCCAUCAGUCAGUCACCCAGGAAAUACCGAUUGUAAACAUGACAAAUCAUGAUUGGCCCUUGAGGGCUGCUAUUGAGGGCUCCGGCUUUUUCGGUCCCCCAAUGGUGCUGGCCAAGGCGUACAAUACUACCAAGUAUCCACUGGUUUUCAAACCUCAGAAUGAAAUUGUAGUUCAGGGCAAGUUAGUUUUGUCCAACACAGAAGAUGGAACUGACCAUGUGUUCUACCUGUGUGGCAAACCACAAAAACCACUGGCACUGGAUCAUGUGGUCAUCAAAUGUGAGGCUAAAAAGGGAGCCCAGCACAUCUUGUCUAUUCCCAAUGUGACAAAGAAGAAGCUGUGUUACAAGGUGGAGUCAGACUUUUCCUUUGUGAGCGGUAAUAACUCCCUAACAGUGCUGCCAGGACAGACAGGAACCUACGGCAUGGAUAUCACCCCCAGUCGGCGAGGAGUGUACAAAGGAAUUAUUGCAUUUAUUGCCAGCAAAAACCCUGUAGUUGAGGUUGACAGUGAUGGUGAUGAACUUCCUGAUGAUGAAGACGAGGAGAGCAGGAAGUACUAUGGCUACCGAGUGUGGUACUCUCUAGAAAUCCACGUCAAGCCAAGUCCCCCUGAAAGAAUCAUGGCUGUCGAGUGCUGUUGUCAGAAGAAAGCCGUGCUAGAAGUCAUUGUGAGAAACCCCACCCCUGAAGACAUUACCCUGGAGGUCACCAUUGAGGGGCGUGGUCUUCAUGGUAAGGAUUCCAUAACCUUGAAGGCUGGGGAGAAAGAUGUGUACACACUGACAUAUGCCCCAGCUGUUGUAGGAAAACACAGAGGAAGUUUGAUAUUUUACCAUAAGAGUGUUGGGGAAUUCUGGUAUGACCUCCGGCUAAAGGCAGAUCCCCCUCCUCCUACAACCCUGCCUCACAUGGAGUGUGAUCUUGGACGAUGGACAAAGCAGACAAUUGUGCUGAGCAAUCCCACAGAAGAAUUGCUCGAAUUAACACCCACAAUUUCCAAUUCCAAUAACUUCACCCUAGAACGGGAUAAUGAACGGCCCCUUGUACUUAGACCCCAAUCUCAGAUUGAGGUUCCAAUACAUUUCAUGCCAUCUACGCUGGGUCAAGGUGACCAUUUGGCCAAGAUCACCUUCCACAGUGAGCAGCUGGGAGAGUGGGUGUUUGUGGCCUCGGGGACAGGCUUGCUGCCUCAACCCCAGGAUGCAGUGAGUGUAUACACAGAGGCUGGCUCCAACACCACCAUGAUCAUCCCUUUCAGGAACCCCAUGGAUCAUGCUGUCCUAGUCGAUGUCUCCUUGAAAGACACCAGCUCAGAGAUGGAUCAGAUACUGAACAGCUACCCUGCUCCAGACGCUGCCUUCUGUCUCCUCCUCAAACAGAACACCACAAUCAGGGUGGGCCCCAAGUCUACUCUAGACAUUCCUGUCUGCUUUGCCCCGACAGAGAUGACAAAGUAUGAGGCGCUGUGUUCUGUCAUCGUCAGGAAGGAAGAUGGCAGCAGGUGGCAGUAUGCUCCUAAAGACAGCGAGGGCUAUCAGCUGUCAAUCUCAGGAAACGAGGGUCUUAGAGAAAUAAGAUGGCUGUAUCCAAUCCAAGGAAUCCCAGAGUCUAAACCCAUCAAGGAUUCCCAGGGGGCAGUGGUGGAGUGCAAGGCCCGGGACAGAUUGGAAGAGAGGCUUGAAGUUACCUUGUCAGGAGUGGCUCCGGCCUCCUCAGGGCCACACAAAUCUGUUUUCACCCGGUCCAUUACGCCAAAAGGAAGCAAUAUAUCCGAUGGAAUUGUGGUGGGAGAAACACUCGCUACAGCCAAUGAAUUUGAAUACGAGUUGUCAUUCCCUGACCGAGACUCGCAGGACAAUCUCCAGAAUUCGGUGGCCCUGACACUUGUGCGAGCCCAGAGAGAGGAAAUCUCUGGGCUGGUUGUGCUUGUGUUUAAUUUGGUCUUUGCUCCUUUCAAGGCCAUGAGCCACAAUGUGGAGCUGGUGGUGCGAGCAGCCACUGGAGGGUUGUGGCGAUUCCCUGUGAAGUUUGUGGCGGCAGAGCCCCCAGUGGAUGAUACCAUUACUAUUGAGGCAACAGGACUCAACAAAGAAUCCAGUGUUGGAUUCAGAAUCACAAGUCAAUCCAAACAUCCUGUUGUGUACAAUGCCUACUUCAGUGCUGGCAGCGAUCCAGAGUUCACGGUCAGCCCCCAAACUGGAGAACUUCUACCCCAGGGCACCAACGGAACCCUGCUGGCCAUCAAAUUUAAACCAGCAUUAUACGGAAAAAUUUAUCAAGCUAAACUUGUUAUUCAGACUCCUGAUAUGCAGUGGAGUUACGACGUCAAAGGAGUCCUACCCCAGUAUUCCCCUCCACGGGGCAAAUCUGCCCAACCCAUGGCAGGGCCCCAUCCAGAUCCCCGUUUCAGGGGCGAUAAACUGAACUACAUCCGUGAAAACCUGAGGCUGAGCACCACCGCAGCCUCUUCACCUAUCAAAGGAGCGCCACUGUUGACCAGAUCUUUGAAGUUGUGAGUUUUGUUGCCAGGAUGAACUUUUCAAGGAAUUCUUAUUCUUUAUCGUAGCACAUGUUGUCUAAGUGAGCCACAAUUUUUAGGGGUCAUAAGGAACACACGAGUUCUGCUGAUCUUAUAUUCAUCCAGAAAUGUUUUCGUCAGACCGAGAAAUAGUCGUUUCUGGAAUUAUUGCAUCAACAGCUUAAGAAUUACAUUUGUUGUAGAAUUUGUCCUUGAAUAUUGUCAUAAUAUUAAAUAUAAAAUGUGGAAUUAUUGAUCAAGCAGGGUUCUCCGUCCAAAAAUAUUGUGAUACAAGCAUGAACAUUGAUGCCAAGUGUUUUAUUCAGAUUUUCUUAUGUAUAAGUAUGUCAGUUUUUUGUAAAUUUUAUUUUUAACUUUGACUACUUAUUUGAUUAUUUAUAAGAAAUGAUGUUUGAUGUUUGUAAGUGAUUUGUGAAUGUCUGUAAAGAAUUUUUUUAUGCACUGUAAGUGUUGUUGUAUAUACAGCAUUGCUGUGAUGAUGAAAAACUUCAAAGUCAAAAUUCAAACAUCAUGCGUGCGUCUAUUGUCAUGUGUACUUAAAAAUGAAUAUCUAGUGAUUCAAACUGUCCAAAAUGACAAGUUUGCCAAACAGUUUACUGCUUUUCUCUAUAUAUAUAUGACUGUGAUAAAACUCAAGUUUUUGUUGACAACUGAUUUUAUUAUAUAGAAUGUAUUUAUAUUUAUUGUCCAUAAACCACUUUUAAUAAAACUGAAAAUAUAUGAA